UUCCUCUCCUCCGAAUGGCUCCGGCCUCGCGCUGCCUGGGCUUUCUGCUUUUUCUGGCUUGUGGCUGCUCCUGCGAAGCGCAGCUCCUGAACUGGUUCUGGGGUGGCUCCAAGCCCUCCAGGACACCGCUAGCCUCUGCAGGGAGAACCGCUGCGUCCGAGCCGACAGCCAGGCCACUCUCCACUCCGGCAGCUCCCCGGCCAAGCGGAUCCCCGUGGAUGGUGGCGCAGGACGAGGAGAGCUCGGGGGACGUCGCCAGCCUGCUGGGCAAGGAUCUGGGUGCUGGCACAGCGGUGCCCACGGGCAGUGAGAGCGUGUCCAGCACGGCAGUGUCCACAGGCAGCGAGAGCAUAUCUGGCACAGCGGUGCCCGACGGGAAUGAGAGUGUGUCCGGAACAACAGUACCUGACGGGAACGAGAGUGUGUCCGGCACAGCAGCACCCACGGGCAGUGAGAGCGUGUCCGGCACGGCAGUAACUGAUGGGAAUGAGAGCAUGUCCAGCACGGCGGUAACUGAUGGGAAUGAGAGCAUGUCCAGCACGGCAGUAACUGAUGGGAAUGAGAGCRUGUCUGGCACAGCGGUGUCCGACGGGAAUGAGAGUGUGUCCGGCACGGCAGUGCCCGUGGGCAGUGAGAGCGUGUCCGGCACGACGGUACCUGAUGGGAAUGAGAGCGUGUCCGGCACAGCAGCACCCAUGGGCAGCGAGAGCGUGUCCGGCACGACGGUGCCUGCAAGGAAUGAGAGCGUGUCCAGCGUGGAGCUCCUGCACGCAGCUGAAGGCACCCGUGGCGGUCGUGAGCCGGGGGACGGCAGUGUCACCRGGACACCGGAGAGCACGGCACCACCACUGACAGGCAUCACUUCAACCGCCGCACCUCCCAGCAUAGCACCCGAGCACGGGCAGGAUGUGACCAGCAACUCCACCGAAACCCCCCCAGCAACGACGGGACCAGAGCUGGUGCUCCCCGAGCCCACAUCGCCGCUAGGCGAGCGGAGCGGGACUCGGGUGUCUUUGCAGAGGCCGAUGGCACCCCGUCCAGAGAAUUUGAGCACAGAAGUCAGCCUCCUGGAGCUGAUUGGAGACCCGCCGCCAGAGGAGAUCCAGAAAAUUUACGGCCCCGACAACAACCCAGGCUAUGUCUUUGGACCCAAUGCCAACACAGGCCAGGUGGCCCGGUACCACCUGCCCAGCCCCUUUUACCGGGACUUUUCUCUGCUGUUUCACAUCCAGCCCACCACCCCGCGGGCCGGCGUCCUCUUUGCCAUCACAGACUCUUUGCAGAGCAUCAUCUACGUGGGCGUCAAGCUCUCGGAGCUGCGGGCGGGUAAGCAGCAGAUCAUCUUCUACUACACAGAGCCGGGCUCCAAGAGCUCCUACGCGGCGGCCACCUUCACCGUGCCCACCCUGCUGAACCAGUGGACACGCUUCGCCAUCAGCGUGGAGGAGGACGAAGUCRUCCUCUACCUGGACUGUGAGGAGCACGAGCGGGUCCGCUUCGAGCGCUCCCCAGACGAGAUGGAGCUGGAAGAUGGGUCUGGGCUCUUCGUUGCUCAGGCUGGAGGAGCCGACCCGGAUAAAUACCAGGGGGUGAUUGCCGACUUGAAGCUCAAAGGGGAUCCCCGGGCAGCUGAGCACCAGUGUGAGGAAGAGGAGGAUGAUGCUGAAGAGGUCUCGGGAGAUUUUGGCAGCGGAGCAGAGGAUGGACACCAUGCCUUGGGAAAGGACAAGGGCAUCCCGGGGCUGGUGGAUGCUGUCCCCGUCACCUCUCCGCCCGUGGCUGUGGGCAGCAUGCCGGGGAUCGCCGCGGGAUCCCUGCCGCAAGCAGAGCGCACCCGAGUGCUGGACACGCUGCUGAUAUCCGCAGCAGGCGCUGGUGCCAAAGGCGAGAAGGGGGAGAAGGGGGAGCGUGGCCCGAAAGGGGACUCGGGAACCGGCGGCGUCUCGGGGACGGGCGGCGCCAAAGGUGCAAAGGGAGAAAAAGGUGAUGCAGGCGUCAAGGGCAGCGCUGGAUUUGGCUACCCUGGCUCCAAGGGCCAGAAAGGAGAACCAGGCGAGCCAGGCCCCCCUGGGAGUGCCCCCGACGGCUCCGGCACGGAGCGGCUCAACRGGCCACCAGGACCCACUGGUCCUCCAGGACCGCCCGGCAAAGACGGAGCCCCCGGCAGGGACGGCGAGCCCGGUGAUCCUGGUGAAGAUGGCAAACCUGGGGACACGGGGCCCCAGGGCUUCCCCGGGACACCAGGAGAGCCGGGGAUGAAGGGCGAGAAGGGUGAUCCUGGAAUCGGCCCCAGGGGCCCCCCUGGACCACCAGGCCCCCCUGGACCACCUGGACCUUCCUUCAAACAUGACAAGCUGACCUUCAUCGACAUGGAGGGCUCCGGCUUUGGUGGCGAUCCAGACACCCUGCGGGGUCCCCGCGGGCCGCCUGGGCCACCGGGGCCUCCUGGCGUGCCCGGCUUGCCAGGGGAGCCGGGGCGAUUCGGCAUGAACCGCACGGACCUGCCGGGACCACCAGGGCUGCCAGGACGAGACGGGAGCCCCGGGCCGCCGGGGCCAGCGGGUCCUCCAGGUCCUCCUGGGACAGACGGGAUGGUUGGGCAGCCGGGGCCCAAAGGAGAGCGGGGUGAUGUGGGGGACCUGGGCCUCCCUGGAGCACCUGGACCCAAGGGCAGCAAAGGAGAAACAGGGCCAGCAGGAGCACCAGGAGAAAUGGGGUUAGCUGGCCUUCCYGGACCCAUCGGACCUCGAGGGCAGCCGGGUCCCCCAGGCCCUCCUGGACCACCAGGGCCGGGGUACGAAGCUGGCUUUGGUGACAUGGAGGGCUCAGGGCUGCCGUUUGCAGCUGGUACCCCUGGACCCCGCGGACCUGAAGGACCACAGGGGCCACCAGGAUUGCCAGGAACCAAGGGAGAUGCUGGCAGCCCCGGGCAACCUGGCUUACCAGGGCUGAAGGGAGACCCUGGCCUGCCUGGUGUGGAUGGCCGCCCUGGGCUGGAGGGCUUCCCCGGACCACAGGGACCCAAGGGUGACAGAGGCAGCCCCGGUGAGAAGGGCGAGCGAGGCCGAGAUGGUGUUGGGUUGCCCGGCCCCCCCGGGUUACCUGGCCCACCAGGACAGGUCAUCUACCUCUCAAACGAAGACAAGUCUUUGGCAGCUUUGCCAGGCCCAGAGGGCAGACCAGGCCAUGCUGGCUUCCCGGGCCCUAUGGGACCAAAAGGAGACCCAGGGUCACCUGGCUUCCAGGGCUCCCCAGGGCUGAAGGGCGAGAAGGGAGAGCCUGGUGUCAUCAUUAGCCCGGACGGGACCAUCAUAGCUGCUAAUGUGAAAGGAGAAAAGGGGGAGCCAGGGCCACGGGGACCAGCGGGCCCAUCUGGCCCCCACGGACGGUCUGGACAGAAGGGAGAAAUUGGCUUUCCGGGCAGACCUGGGCGGCCAGGCAUGAAYGGGCUCAAGGGCGAGAAGGGCGACCCUGCCGACGUCAGCGGCAUGCUGGGCCCGCGGGGUCUCCCAGGUCCCCCUGGCCCACCAGGACCUCCUGGGCCACCUGGCAAUGUCAUCUAUGACAACAGUAAUGCCUUCAGUGACGCCAGCCAUCCUGCGCUGCCAGCCUUCCCUGGCUUCCAUCAGUUUCCAGGUCAAAAGGGAGAAAAAGGAGAUGUUGGUGCUCCAGGUCCCCCAGGCCAGUUCCCGUACGACCUGAGCCGAUUCAGUGCCAACUUGCRGGGUGAAAAAGGGGAGACUGGCCUCAAGGGCGAGAAGGGUGAACCAGGCGGGACACCACUGUAUGGCUCCAGCAUCUCCACACUGCCAGGCCCACCCGGUCCCCAGGGCUACCCUGGCCUGCCGGGUCCCAAGGGGGACAGUAUUGUUGGACCACCAGGGCCUCCGGGACCUCAGGGACCUCCUGGCGUUGGAUAUGAGGGGCGGCAGGGUCCUCCUGGCCCUCCCGGCCCCCCUGGUCCUCCUUCCUUCCCAGGCCCACACAGGCAAAGUAUCAGCAUUCCUGGCCCUCCUGGGCCACCAGGACCCCCUGGACCACCAGGUACCGGCGGGACAUCUCCUGCGCUACGUGCYGUGCCAACGUACCAGGCCAUGCUGAGCGCUGCUCACGAGCUGUCCGAGGGCUGGCUUGUCUUCCUGGCUGACCGGCAGGAGCUCUACGUGCGCGUGCGCAAUGGUUUCCGCAAGGUGCUGCUCGAGGAGCACACCCUGAUCUCCAGCUCUGCUCUGGACAACGAGGUCUACGACAAGCCACCCAACGUCCACUACUCCCACAGUGGUGCCGUCCCCUCCGGGUCUCAGCACCCCUACCAGCCUCGUGGGCCCCUUCACCCUCUCCGCAACCACAGCCCACCACCCACUGCCCGGCCCUGGCGAGGGGACGAAAUCGUGGCCAACCAGCACCGCCUUCCCGAGCAGCCCGCGCUCCAUCACGGCACCCAGCAUCAGCAAGAGCUCCUGAACAGCUACUACAUCAACCGCAGGCCAGAUCCAGCCCCUGUAGCCGCCCACGUGCACCAGGACUUCCAGCCUGCCCUCCACCUGGUAGCCCUGAAUGCCCCGCUGAGUGGCAGCAUGCGCGGCAUCCGCGGCGCCGACUUCCAGUGCUUCCAGCAAGCCCGCGAGGUCGGCCUCCUGGGCACCUUCCGGGCCUUCCUCUCCUCCCGCCUCCAGGACCUCUACAGCAUCGUGCGCAGGGCCGACCGCAGCACGGUGCCCAUCGUUAACCUCCGGGACGAAGUGCUCUUCAGUAACUGGGAGGCCCUGUUUGCGGGCAGCGAGGCCCCGCUGCGGCCCGGCGCCCGCAUCCUCUCCUUCGACGGCCGGGAUGUCCUGCGGGACUCAGCGUGGCCCCAGAAGAGCGUGUGGCACGGCUCGGACGCCAAGGGCCGGCGGCUGCCCGACAGCUACUGCGAGACGUGGAGGACGGAGGAGCGCGCCGCCAUGGGCCAGGCCUCCUCGCUGAGUGCGGGCAAGCUCCUGGAGCAGGCGGCCAGCAGCUGCCAGCACGCCUUCGUGGUGCUGUGCAUCGAGAACAGCUUCAUGACCGCCUCCAAAAAAUAACCCCGCGCUCGGGACGCUGCACGCCUGCCCAGGGAGGGCCGCGCCGGGCCGCGCCGGCUCCCCUGGCUACGCUCUUGCCCUCAGCCUGUGGGGAGGGUUGUUUUUUAUUAUUUUUUCUCCUCCGGAACUAAAGCCAAAGAGUAUUGCCAUCGUUUUUUUAUAGCCUGGCCCACCCUGGGGUUCGUGAUGUCCCUUGCCCUGGCUGUGUGGGGUGAGGCAGCCUGGGUGCAGGGGAGCCCCCUGCCAACACCUCCUUCUCCUCCUCCUUUUGGACACAGCAGUUUCACUUCUAACCCCUAAUAUUUAACCACUUCAGCUGUAUGCGUGCAUCAGCCAUAUCCUCCUAGCAUCCUGCUAGGAUGCUUUUUUGGGGAGGCUCGGAACGGGCUUGCAGGGAGGGAUGUUCCACAGGAGGAUUUWGGAGAUGCUCCGUGAUGUGUUCUUCUAGAAAGCAGAGGCCAGGGGGGAUCCCCAGCUUCCUAGCCCUGCACUGUCCUUGCCAGUAGCCCGGGUCCCGACCCACAUCCCUGCUGCUGGGGCCUUGCUGUACCUCUGGGCCACCCAAGGGGGGACAGCGCUCACCUCAGGCAUCCUUGGCAUCUGGCCAGCUGGCCCCACACGCAGCACUCCUGUCCCAAGCAAAGAGAGCAUCCCUGGGCAGGGACCCGGCUCCUCGGCGCUUUCCCCUCUACUCUGCACCCAGCGGCCUCCACCCUUCCAGGUAAGGUUCAUCCCAGCCGGCCCUGCGGCUCUUCGGCCUCAUCCCURCCUCCCAUCCCACUGCCUGUUCCCAAAUCCCCAUCUCUAGGUCACCCUCCCUCACUGCCUUGCUCCCCUACCCCAUCCGGGUGCCCUGUGGACCCCAUCCAGGCGCCCUCCCCUGGGCUCCGGUGGAGGCUGUCCCCCCGGGCCUGGGAGGGGAGCACCCAGCCUGCCGCUGGCAUGUGUUUACACACGUGUGCGUGGGUGUGCGUGCAUGUGGACCGCGUGGUACCCAAGGCCAGGAACCACGGGCACCCUCCGUGCCACCUUUGUUGCGCCCUAAGGCCAAAGCGAAGCAAAGCUGGUUUGAAUUGGUGUGGACAAAUCCAAGGUGCUAAAAAAAAGAGAGAGAAGAAAAAAAARRAAAAAAAAAUCUAUAACUAGCUUUUUAUUAUUGUAUGGAAAUUCUUACCAUAAAAGCUGUGCGAGUCACACAGUCUGUUUCUUACCGUCUACUGUAUUUUGUGUAAUUAAUGCAAUUCAAAGCC